UUCCCCCAGUUCGGGGGAAGAAAAGCAUCGAGAGCGUGCAGCGCUGUGUCAACGUGUGUCAGGAACAUUCCGUGUGGCUGAAUAAGAGGUUCCCCAUCUCCUGUGUUUCAGUGCUUGGCAUCGGCCACGGGAACAAGCUGCUCACGGAUCUGUACAACUGCCACCUGACCAAGGUUUACACUGUUGGUGGGCUGUUUGGUAAAGCCACCGAUGACUUCUCAGACACGGGGAAGCUGGUAGAGAAGACAACAUUUGAUCAUAUCACAAGGGAGAAGCUGGAGCGGAUUCUCGCUGUCAUUCAAGGAACAAAUCACAAGGCGCUGCUGCUGCAUUCUAACAUUGACAUGAAAACACAAGAGGCGUACGAGCUGGCUGUCAAAGGGUUGAUUCGCCCCAUGGGAAAGAGCCCUCCGAUAAUCACAGCCAUCCGGUGCCUCCAGUUCACACUUCCAGAAUUCCAGCUGGAAAUCCAUUGCUUGCAUGAGACUCAGCAGUACCUCCGAAAAAUCGUUCAUGAGAUCGGGCUGGAGCUGAAAUCAUCUGCUGCGUGCACACAAGUGCGAAGAAUACGCGAUGGUGUUUUCACGCUGGAUGAUGCUCUCCCGAGAACCCAGUGGAACCUGCAGAGCAUACAGAAUGCAAUUGGGGACUGUCAGCUGAGAGUGAAAACAGAGAUAGAGAAAACAAUAGGCCAUCAGGAUCUUCUUCAUAAGAUGGACGCGGAGAUGGCGAACGCUGCAGACAGCUGAGUGUGCUUGCGGACGUUCCCUCCGUAGCACAGUAACGCAGCUCCACGCUGACAGCAUGAUGGACAGCAGAAGGAAAGAGGUUAAUUGCAGUUCACUUCCACCCUUUCCUUGAGAUGACUUUCAUCAGAGAGGCCUUUUUCUUUCAGUGACAGGCUGUAUAUUUUUUUGAAGGCAUCACAAACAGUUCAUUAACAGGA